CCCGGUCACAUCUCGCUGUCUUUUCUUCUCUCAACUUUUUUUCAUUUCUGAUAAGCACCCUACUUAUUGAUAAGUGAACAUUAUCAUAAUCAUCAUACUCAUAUCAACAUCAUGUCGUCCCCCGUGGAAAACAAGGAUCUCAUCGUCCUCCCAAAAGGUGAAGAAAGCGAAAACACCGAAUUUUCCAGCACCGAGAAAACAGCAACAACACCAAUCGGAAUCUUCUCAAAACCGAAUCUUCGCCCGAAACGGAAAACUCGUCAGUCUUUUCGCGACUUGGCGAAUAAUGGAGUCGCCGAAGAGCCAGAAACAACGGAGCAGAGUGGUUCAACCUCAAAUGUAGCGACGUCGCGGCCGAGUCGUAAAGCGCGGAAAAGGCGAGCCCCCGCCGCCAGUAAGAAGAGGGUCUGUCCCGUGAAGAAGGUCAAGCUAAACUUUGGACAGGAAGAGGAAGCGCAGCAGGACGCCGACGAGGUGCCCGCACCCGUUUUGGAGAGAAUUGAGGAGCUUGAGGAAGGUCAAGGAGGAGGAGAAGAAAAUCAAGGUCAAGGUGGUGACGAUGACAACAGUGUCCCACCAAAUUUGGAAAAAAUGACUCAAGAAGUUCCCUGCAAUGAGGGUAGCGAUGUCAUCGAUGCUCUUCAAGUCGCUUCGGACUCGCCAAAGUCGACGGCGGAUCAGCAGCAGGACAUUCCACCACUACCGCGACUCACUCCGUCUCCGGAACUGAGCCUGCCCGACGAAGCACCAAUCGUGCCUCUUCUUCGUGUCCCCACCCCGCCUGCCGCCGCUCCCAAGAAGAAAAAGAAGGCGAAAGGACGCAACGGAAAUAUCUACAUUGGCGUGGCAAAUCGCAUCUGGUGGCUCAAACUGCAGCAACAAUUCGGUUUCGAUAACAUCAAUAGCUUUGGCAACUUUGUUAUGGGAUACAUGAACAAAGUCCACUGCGACUUUGAAAUCCUGCACCAAGUCGCGGUCAACGUGGGACUCUUUGAACCUCAAGGACUCGCCGGAUUUCGCUGGGUGAACGGUCUUCCACACCCGAUCAACGCGGAGGGCGACUUCAUCCAACUCCCGACUGUGCAGAUGAGUCAAGAAUAUUGUGAAAAAGCGUUCAAGGUGGCGUACGAUUUGUGUCUUGAAAGAGGAAAAUUUCUCGUCGAGUUGGCCACAGGAAGCGUCGAGGCGGCUGGAGGACGGGAUGACGUUGGGGAAGACGGGGACGAUGAAAGUGAAGAGUCGACUCCUCCAGUAGAAGAGACCACAGCUACAGAAGAAGCCGCUACAACGCAGGAUGAAGGACAACAAGAGCAAGAAGUGACGUCGCCAGUAUCAAAAUCCGGUGAGGAAGAUGCCACCAGCUCUGUCGACACUCCUAAAACAGACGUCACGCCGCUAGAAGAAUUAGAUGAAGACGUCUUCUCGAAAACAGUUCUGCUUAAGCUUACGCUGGACCUCGAUCCCAUUACGACGACAGAAGACGUCGACAAACUCGGCACCACGCCACAAGAAGAAGCUGACGAUCUUACCACCACGCCACGAACAGAAGCUGACGACUUUACCACCACGCCACAAGAAGAAGCUGACAACUUUACCAACACGCCACGAACAGAAGCUGACGACCUUACCACCACGCCAAAAGAAGAACCCGGGGACCUCACUGUUACGUCACAAGCAAAAGCUGACGACCUUACCACCACGCCACGAACAGAAGCUGACGACCUCACCACCUCGCCGCAAACAGAAACUGACGACUUCAACACCACUCCAAACAUUACCAAGCUAAAAGUAGAACCCGACGACGUCACCACUACGCCAAACGAUGAACCCGACGACCUCACCACUACGCCAAAAGAUGAACCCGACGACCUCAUCAUUAUGCCAAAAGAAGAGCCCGACGAUCCCACUACCACGCCAAAAGCAGAAACUGACAACUUCACCACUAGGCCAAAAGAAGAACCCGACGAUCUCACGACCACGCCACAAGAGGCAACCGACGACCUCACUAUGCCACAAGUAGACGACAACUUCGCCCCCGAAGCAGAAGACCUCUCCAGAAAACCAAUCACCCUCGAGCUGUCCAUUCCUCCAAUUACGCCACAAUCUGAACCCUCCACCUACCACCUCAACCUGGACCUUUCCCUUUUUAAAUUUGAGUCGUCCCCUGGGAAGGAAAACAUCGAUCCAAAUCCAAAUCCAAAUCUUACCCCACCCUCAUCGCCAAUAUCUUCCUUCAUGGCUCGCUCCCUCCCUCUAAACAACUCGCCCUUCUGUGAGAAGACUCGCCUGCGACAAAUCCUCGGCGACAUUACGCUCGACUCGAUCUGUUCUCCGGAAAACUUUACGCCGCUCUCAACCCCAAAAGACGACGCCAAGAAAUAACCUCAGAGUUUUCUUCAUUUCAAUGUGUUCCCUUAUCUCACAUAUUUCUCCAAUUGGUUAUCUCAAAAAAUAUAAUACAAUUUUGUAAAUAAUUAUCGUAAUUUUAACCGUAAUUAAUUAAUACCAUCCCCAAAUUUAUCGUGUUCCUCGUGAAAUAAUGUUCUUACAAUUAAUUAUGUUUUGUCCCCGUUCAGUUUCAGUUAUGAUAAAAACACUUAUCAAACGUUGCUCUCUCUCUCUCUUUCUUUCUUUGCUGCAGAAUUUAUUUAAUUAAAGUUUAUUUAGGUAUUUAUUUAAUUUAAUGUGUGAUAAUGUUUAUCAAUACUACUAAAUUUGUUUACACAAACACAUUGGUUAGCAAUGACAUUAAAAUACAUGGUAGUUUUACUUAGCUUCAAAUAAAUAUAGGUUUAUCUAGUUAAUUGUUCACCCAUUCAAUUAAUUAAGAACAUUAACCUUAAAAUUCUUAUUAUACGUUAACUUUACAC